GCGCGGGCGUGGCGCCCACCGCCCACCCGGGUUGAGGCAGCCUGGUUAGUUCCCGACUUUUCGCUGGUAGCCGAGGUUCUAAGCGUCCGGGAAGAUGCUGCAGAUUCCUUUGCAAAGUUAUUUGAGAGGCCCAGGAGACCCAUGAUGUAAUCUUCAGAAAAGAACAGAAGAAAAUAUCUGAGAGAAACACAGAGAGAAAGAACCAGUGCAGGACCUGCCUGUGGAAAUAGCUAGGGAAAUAGGGGGACAAACUGGUCUUCAUGCUGCUCAUGAAAGAUAUACUGUCAAGGUUUUCUGUGGACUACUGUAAUUACAAUGCACCAUGACAGAGAAGCCUAUCCGAAAGACUAUGAUAUAGAGGGUCCUGAGGCCAUAAAAAAGCUGUGUAAUUCAACAUAUUGGCGACUUGGAACUGAUGAACCCCCAAUUUGGAUAUCAGAAACACAUGAACAAAUGGCACAAGUUUAUUUAAACAGAGAAUUGGCUAAAAUAAAGAGAAAGCCUUUAUUGAAUGAUGAAACAAUGAGCUCUGGGAUUAUUGAAAGGGACACUGGAUUACCUGCUACAGGCUUUGGAGCUCUCUUUACUAGACACCCACCAGAUCGGCAUAAAAUUGUAUGGUAUCUGUCGUACAUGCUAGAAGCUUUCUUGAGAUACCUGAUAAUCAGUCCUUGCUUUUCUGCUCAUGAUAAGAGCCUGAGAGUGAAGCUUACUGACUUGGAGCUUUACUGGAGAGAUCUAGAGAAUACAUUUCUAGCUUCCUGCUGGAAGAGAAGACGGGCAGUUACCCAGCAAUGGGGAAUGGCAGAAGGGCCUGGAGCUCUAACAGCUUCUCAAGCAGCUCUAACCCAAUCCUCCCUUGCUGAUUUAGAAUUUAUUCAGCUUUCUGCUAAGUCAGAGACCAUUUGUUCAUCUUCUCUCAAGCUUCCAAAAUUUGUUUCUCUUGUUCCUUUUCCUAUUCUCCUUAUUCUUGUAGAUUAAUUUUUUUAAAGCCUCUUUAAUAGGGUUUUAGUGGAGCUUUUUGAAGAAGCAAAAUGCAGUGUGUACCUUUAAUCUUGAUUGUGAAGUUGUCAAGUCUCAUCUGAAAUGUCACCUCCUUCAGAGGACCUUCCCUUCCUACUGUCACUCCCAGCCCCCAUGACUUGGUAGGUCCCCUGUGGGUGUCCAUGACGCUGUGUGCUUCUUUCAUCCUAAUACUAUUCAUCUUGGUUGCGAUUACUUGCAUUCCUGUUUUUCUUGCUAAACUCAUGCUCUAAAGGGCAAAACUGUCACAGCUCUAUCCCCAGUGUCUAUAGCCACUGCACAGUUAUUGUUUUUUGAACAAAUGGAUUAUUUCUGAUGUGGAACAGAAAAAUUUUUUAAAAGUACUUUCAUUUAUU